AUGGGUUUAUUUGACGCUUUGCCUCCGUUGGCGUCCGCCUCCUUAAAGGCGAAAGUAAACGUAAAAGAAGAAGACGACGAGACGAGGCACACCGAGAAGAAGAGGAAGUUUGAUGAUGAUGAUGACGAAGAAGAAGAAAAACUGAAGGGAGUGGGAGUAAAGUCGUCGGUAUCAUCGAUGGACGACCGUUUGGAGAAACUCUCGAAACACGUGGAGAAAAAGUUUUCGACGUGCUCUCGAGCGUUUUUGGAACUGGUUUCAAAACCGGAACACGCGAGCGCGUUGGAACGGAAACACGGGAAGAAGAUUUUACUCGUGAUGAGACGAGCGAUGGCUUCGCAUUUUCCACAGUCCUCCGAAGAGUAUCUCCUCUCUUUCUCGUCGAAGAAAGAGACGGCGACGAUUUUUUGUAAUCUCUUCGACGCGAUAGAAGAGUUGAGAGAAAAUGGAAUCGUAGGGAAGAAUGUGAAAGUGACCGCGGAGAUGAUCGCGUGGGAGUUGUAUUGUCGAACGAUGCGAGAGAUUGCCGCGAGCGAAGAUUCGUUUACGCUGAACGCGUCGACGAAACGUCUGAGGAAGGCGUUCGAGGAGGCGCCGAAAAGGAAAAAAGAAGAAGACUCGGAAGGAGAUUCGGAGGAAGUAAUGAAACGAAAAUUAGAAACGGAAAUAGAGGAAAACGAACACAUUCCAAAAGAAGAGAAAGAGGAGGCUUUGAAGUGCGCUCUGCAAGCUUUGGAGGCGGAAACAGCCUCGGCGAGAGAAUUGGAAGAAAUGCACUCGAAAAUCCGCGAAGCUUUAAUCGACUGUUUAGCGGUCGCCGAAAGCUCGAUGCGGACGAAAAUGUGGGCGAAAUCGAUCGUCGAUCAACUCUUUGAUUUUGUCGAAAAGUUAUUGGUAUCGCACGAUUACGACGUAUUCAACCAGACGCAAAAAGAAAGGAUUGUUUCGUUGCUGCAAAAAGUGAAAGCCAACGCGAAUAAAACGAGUUCCUCUUCGAAAGCCGGCGUCGAUUGGGUGAGCGAUUUCGAUAAGCACAGCAAAAAUUUCUCGAAAAGCGAAAGCGUGAGCGUUCGAGGAAGCGUUGGAGGUGAAAGGACGAAAGAUGGUCGCGGAGACGGAAAGUUUGGCGAACGAUAG